GAACCAAACGGAAACAAGGCAAAUACAACAAGAUGGCAGGCGGCGGUAGGACAGCCGGCAAAUACGGUUACUCAGACAACAAUUAUUACAGCAGUCACUCUUACAAGAGCAUCAACGACGAAAUCAUACUGGUCAGCAUCAUAAUGGGCAUUACGAUUCUGGUGCUGAUUACCAUUGCGCUGUGCUACAUUGCGUAUGAGAAAUGCCACAAGAAGCGUGAAUAUUUUAUCAAUGCCUAACGGGUGCCCGCCACAGCCACAAC